AAUCUUAAAUUGAGGAAGUAGCCAUGACGCAAUACCAUCAUCAUCAUCACCAUACCAAUUCUUCACGUGCGCACCACUACUAGCUAGCAAGCAACCAGAGCAAGUGGAGUGUAGGGGUGUCAGUUUGGGUCGGUUUCGGUUGCCCAAACCAAAACUCGAAAACUCGAAAUAAAAAAUCACUAAAAACCGAACUCGACCCCGAUAAGGACUUGUGGGUUCCGUCACCUGAAACCCAAAAAUUCCUUUUCGGGUUCGGUUAAAGCAAAACCAAAACCCGAACGCCUAAAAAUACGGGCUGAGUUCUAUUCAUUGGAGGAUUUUAGCCGGAACCCGAAAAACAGAUAAGCAAAACGAACCCGAAACCGAAAAACCCGAAACCCGAAACGAACCCGAACCCAAAAAACCGAAAAUGUAUAUAAUCGGGUCGGUUUUGGGUAAACCAAAAAACCGAACCCGAAUUGACACUCCUAGUGGAGUGUGCAAUCAUGUACGUAUACAUUAACGUUACUACUGACUAGCUGGCGCACUUUAGCCACGAUAUUUUUCAGCCAAGCAACAAAUAUCGCAACGACACUACUAUAUAUUACGAGAAAUAACACUCCGCCAUGAAAAGCUAGCUAUAGCUUCCCUCAUCAAACCUUCAAAAAAAAUCCCUCACAAACCCUAACUCUCACUCUACCAAUGCAAAGCAGAACCUCCGACGUCGUUCUGGAAAUGGACCAUCAUCAUCAUCGUCCAAAACCAGCCACCACCAGAUCCCAAUCCAUGAAAGACGACGACCUAAUCACCAGCCGACCGGAUCAUCAUCAUCACCACCGUCCAAAACCAACCAAAACCCUCCGCCGCCUCAGCCUCUCCAAGCCCAAAGCUCGACUCCUCGAGUACAACUACCCUCCUCCCUCCUCCAUUCCAGAGAAUAUUAACUCACCAAACAACGACGAUCACAAACCCACCCACUCGGAUUCCUCGUCGUCGUCACGAGACGACGACGAGUGGAGCCACGACGACGAUGAUUUUGACGAAAUGGGCACCUCACCCUCCUCCUCCAAGCAGAAGCUUCACAGGAGGAGGAAGAAGUUUCCUUUAAGGUACUUCAUCGAGUGCGUCAUGUUCAUGGCGAUCCUGGCCUGCCUGGUGACGUCCCUGACGGUGCACCCGUUCAACCGGAGGAAGCGGGUGUGGAAGUGGUGCCUGAUGGUGAUGGUGACGUUCUGCGGCCGGCUGGUCUCCGGCUGGAUGAUGGCGGUGGCGGUGUUCGCCAUCGAAAGGAACUUCAUGCUCCGGGAGAAGGUGCUCUACUUCGUGUACGGGCUCCGGAAGGGGAUCCAGAACUGCCUCUGGUUGGGCCUGGUCCUCCUCUCCUGGACCUUCGUCUUCAGCCCGCAGCUCCACAAGAAGUACAAGCUCCUCGACCGCAUCUACCGAGGGCUGGUAGCGGUCCUGGUCGCCGCCGUGAUCUGGCUGGUGAAGAUCGUGCUGGUGAAGACCCUCGCGUCGUCGUUCCACGUGGCGACCUACUUCGACCGGAUGAAGGAGAGCGUGUUCCACCACUACGUCCUCGACACGCUCUCCGGGCCGCCGGCCGCGGAGAGGGUGGCGGUGGAGCAGCGGAGCGGGUUGAUGGAGUCGAAGUCGAUGCCGGCCGACGGAGGGAGGAGGAGGAGGAAGCGGCGGGUGUUGGGGAAGUCGAGGUCGACGAAUACGACGUCGAAGAAGGACACGGUGGAGGAGCUGAGGCGGCUGAGCUUGGAGAGCAGGACGUCGGCGUGGGGGAUCAGGCGGCUGGUGAACCACGUGAUGACGUCCGGGCUGUCGACGAUCUCGAAGACGGUGGACGAUUUCGCCAAGGCGGAGUCCGAGAUCGGCAGCGAGUGGCAGGCCCGAGGCGCGGCCAAGAGGAUUUUCGUCAACGUGGCUAAGCCUGGUGCCAAGUACAUAGAAGAAGAAGAUCUCAUGAGAUUCUUGAGCCGAGUUGAGAUUCACACCAUAUUCCCGUUCUUCGAAGGUGCCCUCGAGACAGGAAGGAUCUCCAAGCCCUCCUUCAGAAAUUGGGUGGUGCGCGCAUACUUGGAGAGGAAGUCGCUGGCGCACUCCCUGAACGACACGAGGACGGCGGUGCACCAGCUCCACAAGCUGGCGAGCGUGGUGGUGGUGGUGAUCAUUGCGGCGGUGACGGUGGUGCUGAUGGGGCUGGCGAACCUGCAGGUGAUAUUCUUCGUCACCACCCAGAUGGUGGUGGUCGGCGUCAUCUUCCAGAACAUGUGCCGGAACGUCUUCGAGUCCAUCGUCUUCGUCUUCAUCAUGCACCCUUUCGACAUCGGCGACCGCUGCGUCGUCGACGGCGUCCAGAUGAUAGUGGAGGAGAUGAACAUACUGACGACGGUGUUCCUGAGAUACGACAACGAGAAGAUUUACUACCCGAAUUCCGUCCUGCUCACAAAACCAAUCAGCAAUUUCUACAGGAGCCCGGAGAUGAGCGACGCCGUCAACUUCUCCGUCGACAUCUCCACCUCCAUGGACACCAUCCACGCCCUCAAGAAGGCAAUUCAAAUCUACAUCGAGAGCAAGCCAGGUUACUGGAACCCGAAGCACUCCGUGGUGGUGAAGGAGAUCGCGCCGAUGAACUUGAUGAGCAUGGCGCUGUGCGUGCAGCACACCAUCAACCACCAGAACUACGGGGAGAGGAACUACAGGAUGACGGAGCUCAUCUUGGAGCUGAAGAACGUGUUUGAGAGUCUCGGGAUCAGGUAUCGCCUCCUUCCUCAGGAGAUCCACCUUACUCGCUCGUGAUCGAUUCGACGACGACACGGUUGCUGCUUAAGGACCGACUGAACGCGAUGCUCGUGUAUUUUGACUGCGCUUGUAAGUGAAGUCAACUGCGAAUUAUUAUUAAGAAUGUAUGUAACAACUAUCUUCUUUGUUCUUAUUCCUGUAACAAUGAGAUUCUACAACUUCAUUAUCUUUCAUAAUGCUUGAACUUAUGCUCGAUCUUGUUGGUUCUGACAUUCACAUGACUCGAGAUUUUUUUUACUCACAGAUAGUGUCAUAGAUUGAAAAAGAGAUACGAGGAACCAAGCAUUUAAGUGAGUUACCGAACCAAUAGUCGAAUUAUUGAUAAAACGAUAUAAUUCGUCACUUGUUAGACAAUCGUAUUAACAUGUCUAGGCGCGCAUAAUUAGUUGAAGUCAACUUCCACCAAUUGUGAAUCUCCACAAAAUUAAUUGAAGGAGCACUUCUAUUGUACUAUAAAGUAUUGAUGUUUUA